ACACUAGCGCCAAAAAUUAACCUCUUUGAACACAGAUGUAAAAUGGCGGACACCUGCUGAAUAUUGACAGUUUGAUACCGGUGAUAUGUGUGAUAAUGGAAAUAGUUGUAGUGUUUAAGAAGUUAAUGUAUUAAAAAGAACUUGUGAUUUCCAUGACUUCGUACACGCUUGUAACGUGCCGAAAAGAUGACGGUUCUUUCUGGAGAGAAUGUAUUGGGAGAGGGUAACAGCACUCCACCUCGAAAGAAAUUUCGUCUUUCUAUGAAAUCUCCUGGCUAUCAGGAGAAUAGACAGACUCAUGUUGCGAGAAGAAAUCCGUUUGGAGCACACCAAAGCCAGCAGAGUAGUGUGUUAACUCCAAGAAACACCAAUAGUGAUUCAAAAUUUGGUCAGUCCAGCUCUUCGAGAGAGAGAUUAGAUUCUGGCACGAUGCUGAACGGCUAUCUGCCAGGUGAUUCGAAGAGCUCCCCUGAGGGCAGUGACGGCUCGUGCAGUUCUCCGGUGGCGACACUGGCUAACCUGGGCAACACGUGCUUUCUCAACAGCGUGCUCUACACUCUCCGCUUUGCUCCCUCGUUCCUCCACAACCUACACCAUCUGGCGCUGGACCUGCAGCAGCAUUCGUCCAGCCUGAAGGUGAAAUCGUCAUCCCUGGGCCGCAAUGUUGGCCUCGGGGGCCUGGGAGUGGGUGGUUCGGGGAAGAGCUGGAGCAGCAAGGAUCUGCCGUCACUGGGGGGCGGGUCAGGUGGCGGAGCGGGCAGCUCGGCACUGUCGUCCGGCUCCUCCAGCUGCGCACCGUUCGGCGUGGGGCCUGCGGACGGUCGGUCCCGCCUGCGGGCGGUGACGGAGCGGCUGCACGACCUGUACUGCAGCAUGCGGCAGUCAGAGCAGCGUGACGGCCCCGAGCCCUUCCAGCCGGAUGUCUUCCUGCAUGCCCUCAGGGAAGUGAACCCGAUCUUCGAGGGCAACCAGCAGCAUGACGCGCAUGAGCUGCUUGUGUGCCUGCUGGACACGGUGCGCGAGACGUGCCGCCUGCUCGCGCUCGUGCCGCGGCCCCCUCCGCCUCCGCCGCCCCCCACAGUCCCGCCCCCGGCUGCGGUGCCGUCCCCGCAGCCUGCCCCCGCCUCCAAGUCCAGCUGGGGAGUGCGCAAGUCCUGGAAGAAGAAGAGGCCGCAGCCGCCCCAGCAGCAGCAGGGGAAGGUGACGUCGGGGUCCACGUCCGCGUCUGCGCUGCGUGGCAGCUCGCCCAGUCCCGUGCCAGAGAACUCGGCUGCGGAGGCGGUCAACGGAGUAGCCUCGCUGGCAGGCAUCAGUGAGUGCGUAGACGGCGAAGGCUGCGAGUCGUCGAGCACUGCCUCGCAACGUGACGCGUCCGGUGACGAAGCAUCGACGGCAGCCAGUUCGCAGUGUUCGGACCUGAAACAGCAGCAACAGCACCAGAGGUCUACGCCGGGCUACAACUUCGUCGCAGACGACUUCGAGGGGAUCACCGUGCUGAGGACGACGUGCCUAGAAUGUGAGACAGUUACUGAACGCAAGGAGACGUUCUGCGAUAUCUGCGUGCCCAUAGCCACGGACCAAGACUCGGACGAUGAGAGCUGUCCCGGAACGGCAGGCGUGUACCAGUCGGCGGUGGUCACGAGCGAGCAUCUGCGCGACCUGAACAAGUACUGGUGCGAGCAGUGCCUGCGCUACAACGAGGCGAGACGGCAGGUGCGCUACGAGCGGCUGCCCCGGCUGCUUGUGCUCCAACUCAAGAGGUUCUCCUCCACCUUCGGGUCGAUGGUAUGCGUGUCGAAGGUGAACGACUACAUGCCGACUCCCCUCACACUCGGCUGCUUCUGCGAGACGUGUUGUCCGUUGGCGGAGGAAAACCGCCCCCACAGCUAUCGCCUGUUCGGUGUAAUAAUGCACCUCGGAGCGACUAUUGCCUCUGGUCACUACGUGGCGUAUGUCCGGGCGGCAGACCCUUCUCCAGACUACAGGCGCUGCGACAGGCGGAGAGCGGCAUCACUGGACGGGUGUCUCAGUAGUUCCGGCUCUGGUUCUACAGGGUCGACAAGUAGCAGCAGCAGUGGGGAAAAGAUGGGCAGCAUUUUAAAGUUCUUCCGGCCACGCUCCUCGGCAUCCGUGGCCAUCUCCUCGUCGAGUGCCUCCGGCCACGGUCCGACCGUCGGUGACACGGGCUCGGCUGGCGGGUCAUGCCGCGGCACAGAGUGCUGCGGCGUGCGGUUGCAGCUGCCGGCGCCCGUGGGUGACACCACUGCCGUGCCGGAUGCGCCGUGGCUCGAGUGCGAUGAUGAGACGGUGAGGGUGCUGACCCGGAAGGAGUUCGAGGACGUUCUCGGCCCCAAGCAGUCGAAGACUUCAUCCCUCACACCGUAUCUACUCUUCUACGUCCGGGUGUAGCUGUACCACACACUUGCAGUAGUAGGUCUCGUGUAAUCUCGAGGGAAGAGUUGUUAAUAGUGGUGGAGCCAAACCAGCAAGACGACGUUCCAGGGAACUUCUGUUGAGUGAAGUACCCUGUGACUGAGCACUGUUACUUAUUGAGGUAUCUUCAAGUUUUGUAGCUUUCGAGAUCUGAGAGGCACUCAGUGUAAAGUUUGUCUAUUUUACUCAGUUUAGCUUGUCGGACGUGGGUGACAUCCUUAAUACUUUGCAUACACUUCAAAAUUUUGAAAUUAUGAUGGUAAUAUAAUACUGAGGAAUCCUAGUGUGGAAUAGAAAUAAUGGAUGACUAAAGGUGACAACUCGCGUGUAGUUAGUGUUGAAUGGUCAACGUGCACUUGAAAGAGAUUGAAACGGGGGGCAAAAACCAUAUUUUUACCCACUUGUUCCAGCAAUUAUAAUUGUAAAAAUAUAACUAACAAAGGAUUUACCAAAGUGGCCAUGUUUGUUGCAGGAAUUAUCUGUAAUCAUUAUUUUUGCAAAGUAGGCUUAUUUUAUGUCUGUGGAUUGCUCUUUAUUUCAAAGUGACUGGUUUUGGGCGAUGUGCCUAUCCAUAUAUUGUCUCCUACCUGCAGUAACCAGUCUUUGCAGAACUGUUACUUCACUAUCAUAUACUAUUGGUCAUUGGUUUCUUGAGAGUUGGUUUGUCGUCUUCUGAUCCUGGAUGUGAGUGCGAACUCUUAGUUCCGUUAAGAAUAGUUACUCUAUGACUAAGAGAUUACUCUGAAAGUGGUCAGAAUUAUCUGAAACUGAACAUUUUGCGAAGAAAGGCAACAGAUCGAUGGGUAAUAAAACCAUUUUGUAAAGAAUAUACAAUCUUUAGCUUCUCAUGGUUGUCAGGAUCCAUUGCUGUGGCAACUCAGUUGUGCUUUUGUAAGCUGAACAUGUGACUGGGGUGCGAUCUGAUCUUUACUGAUAACGUAAGGACUUUUGCAGCCAACAUGAUGUGUAGAAAUACUUUUAUUUCGUUGAGGAAUAGAAGUAUUUCAUUGUGUGAUCUUGCCAGCAAGAAUUGUUGUCACUAAAGAUCAGAUCAUACCCAGCAACUAGUGCAACUUACGAAAGCAGAUCUGAAUUGCCACAGGAAUGGAUCCUGAAACUCAUUGAAAAGUUAAAGAUCGUAAAUUCUCUGCAAAAUGGGCUUAUUUACUGUCAGUCUGUUUUCUCCUUUUUGCAAAUUGUCCGGUUUUUGGACAGUGUUGACUAUCUGCAGAUCAUCUCUUAGUUUACAGAGAAACAAGUCUUAAAAGAACUGUCAGUUUGCUGUCAUGUCUAGGAUCGGAAGAGGACAAACCAACCUUCAACAUACCACUGAGUGAUGGUAUGAGCAAUGGUAGAUUAUAGUGAACUAACAGUUCCAUGACGAGUGAUCACUUUGUAACUACCACCUGCAAUCCGAAAAGAAAACAAAAUGAAAGUAGAACAGGUCCUUUGCCUCUUAAGCAUAUCAUCCCCCUGUUUUCUUACUUAGCAGUCUUGUGUGGAUAGUUAUCAGUUUCUGCUUCAGCCAUUAGUUAUUACAGUGACCAGUGCUCAGGAAAAUAUUCAGACUUCUUAGCACUAUAGUACGGUUCUGAUUAGUUGUACGGGCUGGAAAAUCAUGGCUAACUGCACGUUUGCAAAUUGUUACUUUGAUCAUUCAAAUACAAAUAGCAGUGGUAACUGGUAAAAUUAUUUACAUGUUGAAAUGUGUGUGUGAGGAUGUCCACAAUGUGUUCGGAUAGUUUCAGGUUGCAAUACUGCCUAUUUAUUUUUUUUAAACUGACAUUUAUUAAUCAUUUUAUAAAAUCGAUACUGUGUUGUGUAAAAUUGUAGGUAACACUUUUGCUUGCAAGUGUGGAUAAUUUUAUUGGGAGAUGCACCAAUUUACGAAAGUAAUGCUCAGUUAACAACUCUUCUCUCAAAGGAGACAGAUUUUUAUGAAAGAUGUUUGACACUUAAAUAGUGUUGUUAAGCUGGUGAAUGACAACCUUGUGGAAUGAUUGCAAGGGACUAAGGCUCCUAUCUAUCUGUAUAUAUAUAUAUGAAUUUACUUGUAAACACAGUCAACACCACUUAGUUUACGUAACAUCUUUCAAAUAGUUUCACAUUCGCUGUGGUAAUAGUUGCAAUUUGUAUUUAUUGAAGCUUUCAAUUUGGUUCGCUUUCUCUGUACUUGCUUUUUUAAGGUCGUAUUUUUAGUUAGUUUGGUGUAAUUUGGAAAUAUUGUUUUAAGUAAUGUAACUGCUGGAUACCAGUUACAGCAUUUUUGUCAUAUUGCUGUAAGUUAACACUUAUGUCGUUGUGUUAAUGGGCAGUCAUGCGAUUCUGUUAGUGUGUGAGUGCCUACUCAUUUGUUUGUCAUUUUUUAAAGAAAAAUCUUUAGAAUUACGCGUAGUACAAAAAUAUUCCACAAGAAAAACGAUAAUCUCAAGGAUAAACAUUCCUCUGUUGGCAUUAGUUUUGUAUUUUCAGUAUCAUAGUGCCGCAUAUUUUUCAUGAUGCAUAUUUUUCACCCCGUCAUAAUUUUUUGGUGGGUUCAUUACAUAUUAGUGAUAACUUCAUGGUGAAGUUAACGUAAUCCCGCGUUAGUUCAGUCAGGCUAUUGUGUGUACUGAGUAUUUGAGCUGUUGGCUUGUGCCCUAGUUCACUAGGAUGCGAUGUGAAUAUUCUCAUGUAACAGCAGCUGUAGCAAAAGCACUUAAAUUGAGUAUACAUUUGGUUCUACUGGUGGACUACCAAGAUCUUUCAUUUUUAUUUUACAGAGGACAGGUAGUAAUUCGGGAUUUAGUGUUACUAAAUGAUGCUCUUUCUUCUGCAACUGCAGAUAAUUCUCAGCAGGUCUACCACCUCUAGAAUGUUGCAAUCAUUUUCAAAUUGAAUGUUUGAAGGCAACAUUUGGCCUUGUACCAAGCUAACUUGUGUCAAGUUGCAUCUACUGUAUGACUCCUGUUUGGGGAUGAUGUUUGUAAACACAUGCUCAGAGAUCUGACUGAUGUUUAGUUUUUCAUGUUUCAGUUUGCAAAAGAUAUGAAGCCAAUUAUCUGUAUGUCCAGAAAUAUAUGGAAUUAGAAUAUUUAUUGAUUAGAGGUACCAGUACUGACAGCUGAUGUGUAAUAAAUCCGCAACGAUAGUAGAGGAAUCUUGUAAUCGAUUGUUACAGACUGUACUUGGCUGUAGAAUGACUGAGACUAUAUUGAUUUCUCCAUGCCUUAUGUAUGUUCUGAGUGGAAAAAUCACAGUACUCUUCGUAGAAUCUGGAUGUUAACAUUCUUUCAUUUAUCCUAAGAUUAGGGACACUAGCAUUAUAAAGUUUUUGACAGAUUUACAAUUUCUCAAAAUGUUCUCAUUUAUCAGUAGCACCACCACACCCACACUACCAUUAUUAUUUCGUGAUGCACACCUGUGUUCUCUGUAAGGGUGGAGUUUUCGUUAGAAUGCAUGGCAAUCUGAAGAAAUGUAGAAAAUAUCUUACGCUACCUCAGUGACCAAAAACCUUCUAUAUCACAUGGCACAAACAGCUUUUGCCACGACUUGCUGUUAUGAAAUGCUACAGCACCUCUUGUCUUUUCACCUUCAUCAUCGUUGCAUUUAGGGUCAUUAAAUACGGGAUGUAGAGACAAAGAUUCAUUGAACUCAGUGUUGGGAAUAGUAUUUUUUGACAUUUGCACACUUGUACUGUGUAACUUCUGUAAUUUAGUGGCCUGUUUUUUUUUUUUUUGUUUGUUUGUUUUUUUUUUUUUUUUGUAACUACAUGAUUUUUUUCUCUCAUUUUUAAUACAUGGUGGUUAAUUAUAGCUUCCAAAUGUUCCUAAUCACUGUUAUUACAAAACAGAUGAACAGUGUUUUCAAACUAUCAGUCACACUGUUAAUCAUAUAACACCAUGAGGUAGGUAGUUACAUAUUAGUGUAAGUCGGUAAAUUGUAUUGUAUCUAUCUUCACGAAGACAGUCAUGAAGGAACUCUUGCCUUAAUUUUCGCUCUUUGCAUUCUGCUCAGCAAAACACUAUGUCUGCUGGUACGAAGCUUGGAGAUGACAGUCUAGGGAGAAGGUGGUGAGUGGGGGUGGAGGGGUGGCGGGAGGAGAAUGGUUUGCUGUGGACUGGAACUAUAUUUAAAUCACCACUAUGAUCUCACUGUCAUCUGCUAACUUUGACACUCUAAAAUAGUCCUUAUAUGAAACGAAAAUCUAUGAUGUCCGGUGCAGGGAAUGUGACAGUUGUUUUUAUAUACCAGAUUUCGGGUUUCGCAAUAUCUCCUUAUUAUGUAAGCUUAAUGAAGGUCCACCAAAAUUUGAAUGGUCAGCAAAACUUUCUCAUUUAAUGUUCAGUAAGAUUUUAUUCGUGACUGGACACAGUUAUAGCUUCCACGCUUCAAUUCACUCUUAGAUUAGGCUCCAUAAUACUGAAUAUGUUACUUGUCUGUCAUCUCUUAAUAAAGAGAAUGCUGUCCUUCGUAAGCGUAAUGGCGAAAGUGUGUCCAGAACUUUGUGGGCCAUGCACCCUUGUGAUCACCAGACAAGGCCUCUUAAACUCAUCUGUUAAUUGUUCCUGAUACUUGAAGUCAUCGCUUACACGUACAAUAUCUGUAACUUAAUUUAAUUCUGUGCCAAAUUCAUAAACAGUUAAGAUGUGUCUUUUGCUGUGGAUUUGUUGACCUAUCUACUGUUCUGCUUUGCACACAAAUUACUCUCCAGUUCCAUGGUUUGUCGUUGUUUUGUAUUUUCCAUUUGUGAAUUAGUCAGCUCAUUCACAUUCUUAUCUCUAGUUGUCUCCAUUUUAAUAAAUCCAUAUUGGCUUUUAUGGCAAACACAAACAGUGAAAUUUAAAUAUUUUAUUAGUAAAUUGUUCACCAACACUUUUUUUGAAAAAAAAAAGGGCAAAAGCUGAAACUUAAGACUUCAGAUUUAAUCGUGGCAUUCAGUUGUGAUUUGGUGAAGCUUUUAUGCCAAUAUUCUAAGGACAUUUUCUGUACAUCAUAACACCCUUGUUAUAAGUACAUCAUCAUAACAAACUAAAAAUGAAAUAGUGCUGUGGAGCUACUGAAUUAAAUCUGUAGGCUUUCUUCAGUCUGUUGUAUUUUUUGGGCAGCAGCCAGCAUCAUUGUACAUAUACUUUUUUUCUGGUUGUUAUUCUUUUUAAUCAUUAAUUUCCUGCUUUCAACUCCAUACAGUAGUGUCAGCAUGUAAAUCUUAAAUGAAUAUUGUUACAGAUGACUGUCCUAUUGUGCAUGCCUGUUAACUGUUCUUGGUUUUGUGGUAGGUAGUACUGUAUUCAUUAUAGUUUUUGUAUUUAAGUCUAACCUUUAAAUGUCCAGUAGUAUGUGCCUAGGAUAAACUUGUCUGUACACAGUUUAAUAUAUUUCUGUCCAUGUGACAACAGUUCCUGGUGUAACCUGUAAACACAAAAGGUUUCUAAUUUUUGCACUGUUCUUUGAUGUGCGUAUCCCUGAGACACUGCCAAUGCAUUCUAUUUGUACUAAAAUAAUUUUACUCCUGUAAGAGAAGCACAUCAGUAGAAAGUUAUUUGCUUAUUGUAUCGGAACAUGGUGUGUAGCAUAUGGAAAAACCUCCAUUUAAAAAAUUGUAGCUCGGCUACAUUACUUAUUUUUGACAGAAAGUGACAAACUUGAGUAAAGUGUUAUAAUUCUUUUUCCUUGUUUUUCACUACAGGAACAGUUCUCUGUUAAAUAUUUCCUAGUAAUUAGGAUAGUCCCAUUUUUGUCUCCAUCCUAUUAUUUUUCUCUAAGGCUGUUGUGAAACACAGGCUAACAGACUCUGGGUUGUGACAAGUUUGUGCCAGAUACAUUCACUUUAAUCUUCACAGCUGACCAAUUUUGGAGAUAGCUGAUCACUUUCAGAUCUUCAUCCAAGGAGCACCAUCUUGGGUUUGUUCAAAACAUGCUUUAUCAUCUCUCUUCACAUAUCUGUGGCAUAUUUUAAAAAGUAAGGGUAUCUUGUUCAGAAAAUGUUCUUGACUAGAAAAAACUGUUACUGGUGUUUUUAGUUUCCUGCAAACCUAGUUCACUUCUCUACAGAGGCAUACAGUUUCCCUAAUCUACAAUAACCCCACUUGGGAUCCAUCAGGAUACAGUUAUCUUUUUUGUACGGUACAUUUUAAGAAAUGUUAAUUAGCAAAAUGUAACUUACGCAUUUACUGGUAGUGUGUUACUAGUUGCUGUACAGCAAACUAGACAUUUUUGAGAUGACAUACAGAUUUUUUUUAGUUUUGCUUUAACUCUUCACCAUUCUUCCAUUCUGAAAUAUGCAAACUACUGUGCUAUGCAAAACAAAUUAGAUAGCUUUGCACACUGAGUAUAGCCGGCUUCAUUCAGCAAAUAUCAGAAAUGUGGUGUUACAGGUGGCUGGAAAAUUAUGUAAACUAUAUCAUUUCCUUUGGCAAAUGUUUUGUGCCUAUGCUGCCAUCAAAGUUGUUUGUCAAUCUGUAGUGAUCUGUUUGUCAAAGUUAUGACUGCAGAAGUUGUCAACUAAUUGCUUGAUGAAACAUGAUAAAGAAAUUACAUCAUUUUUAAAAUACAGAGAUUAAGCUCUAAACUAAAUGUUUAUUGAGGAAUGGUCUUGUUUAGAGAAUGUAAAUGUACCUGUUAAAGAGUUCUGUUUAAUACACUUAAUGUGAGUCGGAUCAAAUUUUUGCAGUUUUCAAAAGAAUACAUUGGUGACAUUAAUUAUUUGUUUCUUAAUUUGUCAAAUAAAACAAUUCUCUUUGUAAUGUACUAUUUGCCAUGUUUUCUGAGGAUGUCACAUCUGCACAGAUCUUGAAGACAUUGGUAUUUGCAGUGGAAAAUAAAAACAUGUGUCCAGUAAGUUUUGAAGUGUUUGUUGAAAACCUAAAUUUCGCUAUUUGUGCUACCUAGUCAGUUUCAUCUUUUUGAAGGCUUUUUAAAAGUGUUGAACUCCAUGUUGGGGAAACAGUGUUGCAAAUUGCAAGAAAUACUAUUGUGACACACUUUGGAUAUAAGUACCAUAUGCAAAUGAAUGAUCAUGACUGCCAAAUACUCACUUAAUAAAUUAUUGUGCAAAUGCAGAGGACAUUAGAGAUUUGUGGCUUAGGGAUAAUAAGUAAUGGAAGUUCAGUAUGCUAAGUGUCAGAGAAAUCCAGUGAAGGGAGGUAGCUUUUGAUGUGUGUGCCUAGGAAAGUAAAUAAUGUUGCUAUUGAGCUCUUCAUGUAGAUAAAAAAAAAUUCUCAAUUGUGUAUCCCAGGACUUGUAAAGACUGAUUUAUCAAAUACUUGGUAACAUGUAAAGUUGCUGAACUGUUUUAUAUAUGUGCACAUAACUCGUACUAUUUUUCGCAGUUGGCACAAUAUUUCCGUGGUUUUGCCUUUCUUGACUCGGAUACUAGACUAGGAAGUACGUAUACAUUGUAUAGGCUCAUUGUCAGAUUCCUUCUUUUAUGGAGAAGCGUAAGUGUUUGAACACCAAUAAAGUUGCAUUUAGGAACUUUAGCAGUCUUUCAGUGUGUAAUAUUCCAGUCCUUGGCAGUGCAAGAAGUAAUUUUUCCUUCCAUCCUUUGACCCUGCCCCUCCGACUCCCACAAAAUACACACUAGCUGUGAAAUUAUUAAUGUGUGGUUAUAGCGGUACAAGACAAAUUUUUUUAUUUUUACAGUAACCUAGUUUGUCUGUUGCAUUAUCUGAAGGCUAUAUAUUUUUGAAAAGUCCCAUGUUGAAUGUUGUUACAUAGCUGGUUUUCUAUUGUUGGAUUUGGUCACCUGUGUAUAGUGAAAGGCAAUACUUCACUCUUUUCUGAUUGCAAUACUGUGAUUUUUUAUACUAUUUUAUUGACAGACAGCACUCAAAUGGCUGAAAAAGAAAUGUGAUAGGAAACAAAGCAUAAGUGUGGUCUCUCUUUCCUUCCUGUAUGUUUUGUACAAUCCGUUACUGUUUUCUUUAGCAAGAAUACCUUUUUAAGUUAUAAUUAUAAAAACUCAAAACUGCUACCUGCACCUAAGAUAGAGAGAGAUUUAUUUUAUUCUUUUUUUUUUUUCUCUGACAGCUUGUACACAGUCUUGUCAAGUACAUGUGAAAUGUUUAGCUGUCAUCUAUUAGAGCUAGGUGGCAAACCAGAAAGUUCAAUGAAGCUAUUUAUUGAGUUUACAUCUAAUUUUUCAUAUAUAACUUGAAAUUAUCAUUUAAGAAGGAAAUGUUUGUCUGGGCUGAAUGAUCAGACUUGAAAAUGAGGUUCAUUACAGGGAUUUCAGUGGGCUAAGUGCAGAGGCUAUGAGGCUUAUUCACCAGUUAGUCCUCUUCUUCUAACAGGCUAUUACUGGCAGAAAUACUGUUGGUUUUAGUGUAGGAAGCCCAGAAAAUUUAUGUUAAAUCUUGUGUGUUUUCGUGAAUUACUGCACAGGCUGAUGAACAAAGCAGCAGAAAAUAUUUCCACUAACAGUGAUGACAGUCACUAUUUUUAAUUGAUAAAAGUGAUAGAUGCCAAACUGUUAGUGUAUUUUACGGAAAUGGAAUCUUCAGACUCCUCAGCAAUAUGACACUGAAAUGUUUUUAAGGAUAUGGAUUCAUCUAAAAUGGAAAAAAAAUUCUUAGCAUCGGGUUGUUCCAUUUUUCAUGCGGAAACAAAUUUCCAUAGUUCCAAUUUAGAAUGAAAAUAACCCGUAUAAAUGUGCAUUGCGUUGUAUGUGAAUGUUCAGAUCUUUUCGAUGCAGUAAUUGAAAAUCACAAGAUAACUGAUGCCAUUUUCAGUGGUCUGUUUGGGCACCAAAGUUAGUAACCCAAAUGAGAUUUACAGUUCUGGGUUCAGUACAUUAAAAUCUGUGGGUCAAGUCUCACCUCUUGUCUGAGUAUCUGGUCCAGUCAUUUUCUUCUCUUUUAGUAAUGUUUGUCACUACUUUCAAGCAACAUGCAGCAAUAUUUAGUCUUAUCAUGUGUAGACGAUGUGAUGAUAAAACAUCCAACUCGAGAGAGAAUAGGUUGUGUUUCAAGGAUGGCAGUGCUUUGAAUGUUGCCUCCUUUCAUGAGAAUGUAGUUUUGCUGUAUUUGUAUGUUGUGUUGUGUAAUAACUGGUUUAAAGGCUAACCUUGUUUUAUUAUAGUGGUACAUUCAGUUCUAUUUUUAGUGUUUAUUUUGUUCCUGAUAAAGUUUUUUAAGUGCAGUAAUGUUUGUUACUAUUUCAUUGACUCGGUCAUUUAAACUAAAAGACAAAAGAUGUAUUUGUUGUAUAAUAUGAGCUCUGCUUUUUAAUAUGUCAGUAUAUGAAAUGGAAAUGUUACAAAAUUUCUUCACACACACACCUGUGUGUGUUGGGUACAUAAUGCUCCUAAUCUAUCUACAGUAUUCUCAAAUUUAUUCUAUUAAAAUAUUUUUAGUUGCUUAUGUUAUGGCUCAGAAUAUGGCAGAUUGUUACAUGUAAGAGAUGUUCUAAAAUUUUAAGAAAUAAUAAAUGUAUUAAAGAGU